CGCCGAGUGCACCGAGACGCACCCCAGCCCACACCGACAGCCCACCCGAGCCACCCCCGCCACCAUGCGCCCCUCGCUGUCCCUCCUCAAGAACACGUCCCGCUCGGCGCUCAACUACAAGCGCUCCCAGCAGGGCCUGUACGACGGGCGCAGCAUCCAGUCCGGCAACAACGUCGGCGAGACGUUCAACAACAAGACGCGCCGCAGGUGGCUCCCCAACGUCCACUCGAAGCGCGUCUACUCCGAGGCCCUCGGUCGAUCUCUCGCCCUCAAGGUCACGGCCGGCGCACUGCGCACCAUCGACAAGGUCGGCGGACUCGACAACUACCUGUUCCGCAUGCGGCCCGAUCGCCUCGGCGACAAGGGCAUGGAGCUGCGCCAGAUGGUCCAGGACGCACAUGCCCAGAUCAAGGCAACACGGCGAGUGGCGACGAGCGGUCAAAUCGGCGAGCAGGCAUAGGGCGGGGUCGCACGUUCUCGCGAGCGAGGGUCGAAGGAGGUCAUGUACUGGCGCCGCCUGUGCGCCCUCUCUGUAACGAUACGAGCAUGUCGCAGUACC